AACUUCUUGGCAACAUGUGAGUUUGUAGAAGGAUUCAUGCACCAAUAUUUGUAAAUAAUGUCGAAACUUUACGAAAUACGCUUUACGAACAGCUGUGGUAUUGUGCCAGAGGGUUUUUGGUCAGCUAUUGAUGUGUGGAUAAAGAAACCUCAUGUUGUAAAUAAACGACUGUGUGGAGUCAAAGAGGAGGAGAGCAAAGCGGUGGAUGCUACAGAACUUGAACAAAUUUUGACUGCCCUUUGGGAUACCUCCCUUGAGGACUUAAAUGAUGUUCUCUCUUUUUUGAUCAAUGACGGUGAUGGGAAUAGUGUGAUUCCAGCAACUAACGAUGGACACUGGUGUUUUGAAGGAAGGACAAUUAUUCCAAAAGUAAACGUGGAUGGAACUCUCCUACAUAAAGAAAUUAUUCUGAAAGAUUUUUCGAGACAGCGUGUUGUAUUUUUGCCAUUUGAUGAAAAGGCCGGGCGCGCUGUCCCAAGGAAAAAUAACAUUUAUCAAAUUCAACUUGGGACAGAAAAAGAUGAUGAUUGGUCUGUGUCAAUAUCCACCUUGAGGCCUGAUGACUGGUUCUCAGACGGGGUGGCGUACCCAAAGCUGCCAUGGCUUAGUGGUGUGCUCCUACCCAAACUGGUGCAGUGGUCUACUGAGUGUAGACAGAGCGAGUUCAAAAGCACAUUGUCUCUUAUUCCAGUAGAAAAGUAUAGUUGUAUGUACCAGCAGCUGAAGGAAAAGUACAAAGAAAUGGUCAAGGUUUGGCCUGAAGUGACUGAUCCAGAGAAGUUUGUUUAUGAAGAUGUGGCCAUUGCAACUUAUCUUCUGGUGUUAUGGGAGGAGGAGCGUGCAGAGAAGGGAUUGACUGCUAAACAAUCCUUUGUCGAUCUGGGAUGUGGAAAUGGGCUUCUUGUUCAUAUAUUAAGUAAUGAAGGGCAUCCUGGAAAAGGCAUCGACAUUCGAAAAAGGAAAAUAUGGGACAUGUACGGUCCCCAGACACAUCUGGAGGAAAGUGCAAUCACACCCAGCGAUAGCUUUUUGUUCCCCGACGCAGACUGGCUGAUUGGAAACCACUCAGAUGAGCUGACACCAUGGAUUCCUGUUAUAUCUUCCAGGUCUUCUUACUCUUGCCGGUUCUUUGUACUUCCAUGCUGCUUUUUUGAUUUCUGUGGGAAGUAUCAGCGACGGCAGUGUAAGAAGUCCCAGUAUAAGGAAUACAUAGACUUCAUUUCUGAGGUCAGCACUGUGUGUGGAUUUAACGUGGAAGAGGACUGCCUUAGAAUCCCCUCCACAAAACGGGUGUGCCUCAUUGGGAAGACGAGGAGCUAUGAGCACUCAGGAGAGGCGCGGAUGGAUGAGCUGAGAACCCAGUACAUCCAAAAGAGGCUUUCCUGCCCUGCAGCCAUCAGUAAAAGAGAGGCCACUGCUGGCGGCGCAGAGGCCGGCAGCGGCGGGUGGCGGGACCACGGCGAGGGGGAGCUCAGAGAGGAGGUCCAUCCAAACAAUGGAGGGGACUGGGGAGAGGGCUUCCAGCCCAGGGACAAGGUGGAGCCCACAAGGAACUGCGCCAAUCUCCCCCGAGGCUUCAUCGACAGCGUCGUCCUGCAGGUCGGACAGGCCUUACUGGAGCUGAGCCCCGAGGAAGGACAUGACAAGGACUCUUGGAACCAAGGAGGCAGUCUCUCGGUCAAAGAAGUGGCUGAGCUGUUGGACAAGGAAACGCUGCAAAAUCUGAAAAAGGAAUGUGGAGGACUACAGACUCUUCUAAAAAACAGCCACCAAGUCUUCAAAGUGGAGGGUGGAAAGGUCCAGAUUCGGGACUGGAGAGUACAGGCCAGUGAGGGGAAAGGCAAACCCAGGCCCAAGAGGACACCUUCAGGGGCUUUGAAGACCCGACCCUGCUGGUUCCACAGUCACCACCCGCAGGGCUGCCCCCUGUCAUCAGAGCGCUGCACGUUCGCACACGGACCCGCUGACCUCAGACCAGCUGCAAGACCCCCGAAGAAGCAGAAGAACAGAUAACGACAGCGUCUUGGGGCCGUGGGCGUGGGUGAAUGGGAAUGCCUGUUUGAUUUUAAUUUGACUUUGCUUUUCAUUUUAUUGGAUAUGGAAUUGUUAUAGGAGACCAAAUGGCAGCUGAAAUUAAAAAGGUAACAAAGCAUUUUAAUUGGCAAUUGUUAUUUCUGUCAUAAU